AUGUGUUACUAUGGCAGAUACUAUGGAGGCCUGGGCUAUGGCUAUGGUGGUCUAGGCUAUGGCUAUGGAUGUGGCUAUGGUGGCUAUGGUGGCUAUGGUGGCUAUGGUGGCUAUGGUUAUGGCUGCUGCCGCCCACUGUGCUGUAGAAGGUACUGGUCCUGUGGCUUCUACUGA